GCGCGUCACCCUGGCGUUGCCAACAACAACAACAGUAACCUGCCGCCAUCUUGGACCGACUGGGAGUUCAGCUCGGACAAGUUUUCCUCAGUUUUCUUCUCAUUUCUCAGUCCGUGAAGACCCAAGAUGGCUCAGAACAAGUACGACCUGUCGCUGGUACGCACGGUGACCGGUAAGAAGAUCCGUGAGCAGCCGUGGUGGAAGGAGAGACUCCACACCAAGUACGCCAAGCGGGGCGACAAAGUCCGCAUGCUGCACGGCAAAGCCUGGACGUUCGUCCGCCCGGGUAUGGACGACUUUCGGGACGGCAAGCCGCCGGCACAGGACCAGGGGAUCAUCAAGGGGGACAAGGGGCCGGGCCCGGUUAUCAGCGGGACUGGGGGCGAGUCCCCCGGGAGGAGGGAGCACAGAGGUCCGGUCUUCACGAAGGAAGAAAUGGUGUACUCCAAGGCGUUGCCACGGCAACAGAACAGGCGGAGCCACAUCGAUGAGCUGGAGUACGGGCUGCUGCAGCAUCCGCUGGCCCUGUACCCGCACCUGGAGGACUGCAUGCCGCCCGACCUGUUCGAGGAGGUGGUGGAUGUGCUGGACCCAGAGAUGAACCUGGGGAGUGAGUUUGAUGAUGAGAUCCUGGAAGAGGAGGAGGAGGAGGAUGCGGAGGAUAACAGCCAAUCACAGGACAGGAUCAAGGAGGAGGAGGAGGAGGUGAGGACCACCACAGAGGUGACAGAUGAGGCGACGGAAGAUCUGGAGGCGAAAGCUCGGAACCCGUACAAGUGGCUCUUCUUGAAGGAGGAAACGCCUCCCGAGGAGACGAAGGCUAGUAAGAAGCGCUCCAUGUCGCCCUCGCAAGACGAGCGCCUCAAGGCGGUAACAAAAGACUUCUGCGACUGGUGUGCGAGCUUGGGAGGGGAGAGCAACAACGUUGAAGAAUCCACCAUCACAAGUCUUUUCGCAAGCGGCUACGAGACGAAACCGGCCCUGUCCGUCCCCAUCCAUGUGGUAGAGCUCACCAACGUGCCUCCGGAGCUACGCAUGUCCACAAAUGUUUCUCCUGAGCCAGUGGUGGCGAAGAGCAUUCUUGCUACAGACAUGCAGGUUACAAGACAUCAGGCACUAGACGACUCCUACAAGCCCAGCUGGGUCAAGGUCAAGUACGGGGCGUGGUACCUGGACCCCAUCACAUGGAAGAAAAGACUGGCCACAGAGCCACUGCAAGAUCCAAACGAACUCAGCGACAAAGACACGACAGAAGCCAAGAAGAAAAGCAGAGACUUGGACGCGCAGUUGUCCCAGAUGCACGGGGCGUCUGCCUUUAAUGAAUUUAUCGAGAAGAAAGUAGUUCGGAAGCCGGAGUUCUUACAGCGCGUGGCGGAGUAUCAGGAGAGAGCCCUACAGUCGAGCGACAACAGCAGGUCUAUGUCCAGUAUGACGGUGGGCGGGCCCUCGCGGAGGAAAUAAACUCUACAUGGCAGUACUGUACUGAUGACUUUAUGCUGCUCUGCCAAAUGUGUGAAUGGUUAAUAAUGAUAGUAAUAGGUACUUGUACCUGAUGUCACUUAUCGAAUGUAUUUCAGGUUGUCUAUGAGAUUUGUUGAUAUGACUAAGUAACCAGUUACCUGUCAAUUUUUUUCCCGAAAUAUGCUUUGAGCCCGCAAAAUCUGAACAUCCAAGCUGAAAGCAUGAAACCAGCACAGUUGCAUUAGAUUCACAGAAAUAAUUAGGGAAAAGACACUUGAGGACACAGUUAUGCUUUUCAGGCUUUUAAAGCAUUUCAUUUUAUUCCUCCAAGUCGCAAUGGUUCAGUCAAAAAUUAAAACAAAAUUAAUUAAAUUCAUGAAUGGAUGUCACGAUGCCACCUGUUUGUGAACACAACUAUUAAAACAUCUACAGGUUACUAAACUAAACAG